AUGCCAUUCCACGACUUCGAGCACAAGGUUACAUUCCCUUGCAAGGAACUUGUGCGCAAUCUUCAACCCCUCAGGUUUAAAGAUCUACCAAUUUCUAAUUUUGGGCCCUUGGAUGAUUUACUACAACUUAGUGAAAUCGUGUGUGAUAUAAAAACUUCAGCCAUCAUCCUAAACACCAUGGAUUUCCUCGAGUGUUCAUCGCUAGCCCAGCUCCAAAAACAUUGUCAAGUUCCAUUCUUCUCAGUAGGCCCUUUGCACAAAAUGGCUCCAUCCUCAUCAUCCACUAACUUAUUGCAAGAGGACAUCAAAUGUAUUGCAUGGCUUGACAAACAAGCUCCUAACUCAGUUCUUUAUGUUAGUUUGGGAAGCUUAGUGACCAUGGAUGAGAAAGAGCUAAUUGAGAUAGCUUGGGGACUAGCCAACAGUGACCAUCCAUUCCUGCGGGUGGUUCGUUUUGGCUCGAUUCAUGGUGCAAAAGGUGUUGACCUCCUACCACUAGGUUUCCGAGAAAUAAUUGCAGAAAGAGGUUGCAUAGUGAAAUGGGCACCACAAAAGGAGGUAAUAUCACACAAUGCAGUGGGAGGGUUUUGGAGACAUUGUGGAUGGAAUUCAACCUUGGAAAGUAUUUUUGAGGGGGUGCCAAUGAUAUGUCGGCCAUGUUUUGAGGACCAAAGGGUAAAUACAAGGUAUUUGUGCCAUGUAUUGAGGGUUGGUUUGGAGUUGGAGCAUGCCUCGGAUAGAGAGGAGAUCGAGAGAGCUAUAAAAAGACUUCUGGUGGAAAAAGAAGGAGAGGAAACGAGGCAACGAGCGAUUGAUAUGAAGGAAAAGGUCAAGGUUAGUGUAGGCAAAUGUGGCUCUUCCGGCAAGUCCCUAAAUGACUUAACAGAGUUCAUCUUGUCAUUCUUGUUGCCAAAAUGA